AUGAGUACCGUGUUACAAACUUAUGCGCUUCGAUUAGAGACAGAUGCGAUCAGCAUGGUUUACAUUGGAAUUACUAUACUUUGUUUCCUAUUCACCGUGCAGUGUUCCUUGUACGAAGGAUCUGCAGUUAAUAGUAAACAAUUAGAGGAACAAAUUACUCUCCAGAAACAAUUCAUAGAUGAUUGGAAAUGCAAUUCCAAUUUAGACUGUACCGUGAUUAAUAGUAAUUGCGUGAAUAGUACGUGCCAAUGUUCUCCAGGCUAUGUUUACAAUGGAGAAAUGACGUCGUGCGUUAAAAUCGUUGAUACUUAUGGCGAUAAAUGCAACGAAUCGAUACAGUGCUCCAGGUAUUUAUUGAGUGGUGCAACUUGCCUAAAUAACAUAUGUAUAUGUUCUGAGGGAUACUAUUAUGCUCAUGGAAGAUGUAUUGCAUAUACAGGAUUGAAUAAAAAGUGUCACCAGGACUACGAUUGUUACGUAUUUGCCACUUACGGUGCAACAUUUUGCGACAAGGGAAUCUGCAAAUGCAGCCCCGGAUUUUAUCAACGCGAAUAUAGAACGUGUCGUCCAAAAGCAAAAGACUUCAACGAUGAAUGUCUGAUACGUAACGACUGUGCAUUUAACAACACUGCAUACUGUAACGAUGAAUUUAAAUGCGUUGUCGAGUCUGUAUUAUUUUCUAUUACCAACUUCAUAGAUGACAAGAUAAUAAGAUACGAUUUUUCCGUAGAACUCAGCAUAGAGAAAAAAUGCACAACGAACGAAAAUUGCAAACAAUUCGAUAAUACGGUAUGUGGUCCUUUAGGAAAAUGUGUUUGCAAACGUGCGUAUUUCCUCCAUGAAAACGGAAAAUGCGUUCCAGAACUUGGAGAACCCUGUCUCGUGAAUGAUACCGCUCAUAUAGAAAGAUCAGAGUGUAAAUACGGUAAAUGGAAUUGUAAAUCAAACCAAGUUGCUUCUGUCGACAAUCGAAGCUGCAGAAAGGCGAACAGAAAGUACAAUUAUUCGUGUAACUUUGACGAGCAAUGCCAUACUUUUGGACCGGAUGCAGUCUGUAAUAAUGAGAGAUGUCUCUGCAACGAGAAUUCUCAAUUCAUUGAAUCUGAAUUAUUUUGUUGGGUUAAGAGAAAGAUUGGUGACAAAUGCCAGCAGUCUAAAGAUUGUUAUGUUAAUGACAAGAGUGCCAAACCAUCCUGCAAAAAUAAUAUUUGCUCUUGCCCGAAGGGAACUCAAGCAAAUGCUGAGCUCACAGCUUGCGAAGAACGUGUAACAGGUAUUAAUUCUACUUGCACUAAAAACAGUGAUUGCCCAACGGAAAAUUCAGAAUGCAAAUCAAAUCGUUGCACCUGCAAGAAAAAUUAUGUUGCAAUCUCAGUUGAUUCGUGCUUGCCAGUUGUGGGGCAUGAAGAACCUUGUGAAAAUGAUCUUCAGUGCUCCGCCACAAUGGCGAAUGCAGUUUGUAUAGGUGAAGGUGGUUCGAAUGAAAAUAAAACUUGCGAUUGUGCCGCAAAUUGUCACUAUAAAUUUAAGAAGUGUUAUAAAACUAAAGAUAGUAACUUGUCAUCAAAAAUCUGCACGUUGGCGUAUAAAAAUAUUGAAAUUUCAGUUCUUGGUUCGCGGUGCGAUUAUCUUGGGGAAUGUUACCUAAAUUCGGACGAUUACCGUGUCGUCUGCAAAAAUAACCGUUGCUCCUGCAAUUGGGGCUACGUUAAAGCAAAUGACACUACGUGCAGAAUGGAUUCGAACACUCAACGUUACAAUAACGGUAAGUAGCCUUGACUCGUGACCGAUCGAAAGGUUUCCCCGCGUUUGAUUUCCGGCGAUGCAAGAGGAAAGACCGGUCGAAACUUUAACUUGUAGUUUGUUUUUUUUGAAUUGCGCAUGAAACUCUUAUGCGGCAAGGUAAUGUGCUUGCAAUUACGUCUUGACCGGUCGCAUGCCGUUUCUGAAGUUGCGUUGCAAUUUGCCGAUUGUAAAUGUCGAUAAAGCGUAUCUGCAAGGCGACACAGCCCAUCUGAAAGAGACCUUUUCGCGGAAAAGCUGACGAAGAUAGCCUGAAAAAAUGAAAUUUUUGGCUACCUUGCGUAUUAACACGAAUUCAUCGAUGCAUGUAUUCGUUUCAAUUCUAAAACUGACCACUAUUCGACUGUACAUAAGGUCUUUGGAUCGAAAGUCACUCGAAUAUAUGAAAUUCUUAUUCUUAAUUUUAGGGUUUAUC